GAGAGGUGGAAAAUUAAGGUUGUUUCUCACAAUAUAGUGUCACAGAAAUUUCAAGAAAUUUAAGAGACAAACUAUAGUAUCAAAAUCCAUGGAUUCUCUAACUGUUUCCCACAAGCUUCCCAUUAUUGAUUUCACAAAGGAGAAUUUAGAACCAGGCACAAAUUCAUGGUCCAAGGUAUGUAAAGAAGCUGUUUGUGCACUUGAAGAGUAUGGUUGUUUUGUAGCUUUGUAUGAUAAAAUUUCAUUAAAAAUCCAUAAUGAAGUUUUUCAAGCACUAGAGAAGUUAUUAGAUCUUCCCACUCAGACAAAAAUCCAGAAUAAAUCUACCAAACCUUUGUAUGGUUAUGUUGGUCAAAUCCCAUUUAUUCCUCUCUAUGAGAGCAUGGGCAUUGAUAAUGCUAAUACACUUGAAGGAAUCCAAAAUUUCUCCAAUUUCAUGUGGCCUAAUGGAAACAAUUCUUUCAGUGAAGCUUUGCUAGCUUACUCGAAAGCAGCAGCAGAACUGGAAGAAAUGGUGGUGAGAAUGAUAUAUGAGAGCUAUGGUGUAGAGAAGUACUAUGAAUCUCACAUCAAAUCAGUGAAUUAUCUUGCUAGGGUUAUGAAAUAUAAAGAAGCCCAAGUACAAGAACCAAAACUGGGAUUUGUUGCUCAUACAGACAAGAGCUUCAUGUCCACAAUUCAUCAGAAUCAAGUUAAUGGUUUGGAGAUCAAAGGGAAAGAUGGUCAGUGGUUUGGAGUUGAGCUUUCCCCGUCCUCCGUCGUGGUCAUGGCCGGCGACGCAAUCAUGGCAUGGAGCAAUAACAGGAUAAAAUCUCCACAUCAUAGAGUGAUGAUGGAAGGGAAGGGAGAAAGAUAUUCCAUUGCCCAAUUUUCUUUCAUGGAAGAUACAGUAAUGGUUGAAACACCAAAAGAGCUUGUUGAUGAAGAGCAUCCCUUACAGUUUAAGUCAUUCAACCAUCUUGAUUAUCUUCAUUUCUUUAGCAAAGAGGAAAAUAGAAGGCUUGAGUGUGCUCUCAAAACCUAUUGUGGUGUUUGACAUGUUAUUCUUAUUUUUCUUCCUUUCUUGAGCCGAUGGUCCAUCGGAAAUAACUCCUCUACCUUCUUAAGAUAGAGAUAACGUCUGCGUACACAUUACUCUCUCCAGAAUCCACUUGUGAAAUUACACAGGGUUUUGUUGUUGUUGUUGUUGGUGGUGUUUGACAUGUUCUCGAUCGGAAUUACUUAUAGUAAUACUAUUUUGCAGAAAAAUAACGAAAAAAAGUUUCUAGUCGUGUA